AUGCAAGAAGCGCUGGAGCUCAUUGACAAGCUCGACCUCAACGGCGAUGGCAAGCUGAGCAAGAGCGAGAAGGCGGUGGUUGAGGCCAGAUUUGAGGCACUCGAGGCAACCACGGAUGUCAAUGGGCGCGUGAGCGGGCACGAGGCGCUAGACCUGAAUGGGGACGGGCGGGUGACAAAGAGCGAGAAGGACGAGCUGGACGCCAACGGCGACGGCGCAAUCAGCAAGCUCGAGGCGGAUCCCGAGGAGCUGCUCCAAUGGAAACACGCGCUGCCGCCGGCAAGCGAUGGCGCCCGGCACCUACCGCUGCUUGGCCUCUGGGCGACGCAAGGCAACGCAACCAACGAGCUAGCCCUUGCCUUUGUCAGCCUCGCGGUGCUGCUUUCCGUCGCGGGCUACGAGCUUCCCCCGCCCCGCGAGUGA